UCAAAGUCUAAGGUAAUUAGCUUUAAUUUCCACCGCUUAAUCAGUGUUCCUCAAAUAUAUAUAUGCAAGAUACUCAUUGUGAUUUAUACAUCUCCUCAAGAAUGGAUAUUUCAUCAGCUACAUGGUGGUCUGAAAUGGAUGUUAUGAAUUUCAAUGAUCUUCAAUAUAUUGAUCACGGCGAGACCACAUUUGACGAUUUUCCUUUCCAUAAUGACCCCUUUACCUCUUGCACCUUCGAUAAUAUUCAAGCUUCUCACGCUACUGCUGGAAUAUUUGAGGAGAAGCAAACAUUUUGCAGUUCAACAAAAGCAAUUUACCAAAAUACUACCUUUUUUUCUUCUCCUUCUCCUUCUCCUCCUCCUCCGCCUUCUUCGUCCCCCAGUAUCAUUUCUUUCUCCAACUCUAAUUCACCAUCAGCCACACCUGUCAAGACUGAGGUUCCAUCAGGAAUUACUAUAAACUUCUCCUCAUCAAAUAUUUCUCCUGAUUCUGAUUACAACGAUAGUAAGCAACUAUUCCAAGCCAUAAGAUUUGGCGCUGCUGGUGAUAUUAUUACUCAGACGAAGAAGAUAAAUUAUAGUAGAGCGCCUUUGCAGGCCCAAGAUCACGUUCUGGCUGAAAGAAAGCGAAGAGAACGACUCACACAGUACUUCGUAACUUUGUCUACCCUCAUCCCUAACCUAAAAAAGUUGGACAAGACAUCAAUACUUGGAAAUGCAAUUAAAUAUAUAAAACAACUUGAAGAACAAGUAAAAUGCCUCGAGGAAGAAGCUAACAAGGAACCGGUGGUACCAGUUAAGAGAAGUCGUUUGCUCUCAAAUUAUGACAAUUUUUCAACAUGUAAUGAAAACUACAAUAAACCAGUCCCAGAUAUUGAAGUUAGAGUUUCAGAUGGAAAUGUCCUGAUUAGAGUUUGUUGCAAAAAGCAAUCAAGAAUAAUAAAGGAAAUAUUCAGCCAAGUAGAAAUGUUUCAUCUCAAUAUUAUUAGUAUCAGUGUCAUCCCAUUUGGUUAUAAUACAACCAACAUAACUAUUGUUGCUCAGAUGGAUCAUCAGCUGAACAUGACAACAGAAUAUGUGGCAAACAAAAUACGUUUGUCUAUAAUGAAGCUUAUCAAUAGCCAUGAAGAAGCCAAUUCUCUAGUUGCAUAGAGAAGAAUUUCAAGAUUUCAGAAGCUAAUUUUCAGAUAUAUUUAAGUGAUAGUGUUAAUUUAGAUUAUUGUAAGGGUGGGUUUCAUGACUUGGUUUUUUGGGGUAAAAAGGUUUUCAUUAUUGUGGACCGGGGCUUUGUUAUUUUCGGGUCACAAAGUUGGGACCCGUUUUACAAUAGCCCCAGUUUUGCUACAAAUGAGUCUGGCUCCCUAUUUUUUGACAAGUCAUGGAGCUGUACUAAGUAGUCCUUUUCUUGUUCUCCUUUGGGGGACUUCUAACAGGGCCAUACACGUUUGCUUUUCUUUUCUCUUGUUUUGUUUUUUGGGGCUUUAAGUACCUACUUUUUGGCCUUUUGUUGUAUACUACUCCACAAUAGUCUGUCUAAUUAUGUUGGUGGUGUAAUAAAUACAUGUUUAUUGGAGUUA